GAGUUAGUGAGAGUCUGAGAAUUAGUGAGAGUCUGAGAAACUUAGCGGCGUUUGAGAAAUUUAGUGAGAGUCUGAGAAACUUAGUGAGAGUUUGAGAAACUUAGUGAGAGUCUGAGAAACUUAGUGAGAGUUAGUGAGAGUGAGAUAUAUAUAGUGAGCAAUCAGUUAGUGAGAGUCAGUCACAGUAAGAGCCACAUGAGCGUGUUUAUCCAUAUCUUCAUCUACUCCAUAGUGAUAGCGUCUCUACUAGCAUUUAUCAUCAUCUUUGGAGAUCUUCCUACUUUCAGAAAUACUCCUAUUCAUACAUUAAAACAGUCCCUCGUGACUCUACCAACAAAAUCUACUCAAUGGUAUAAUUAUAUAAAUUAUCAUUAUUUCAAUAAUAACUUACACAUCUAUCUCAAUUGGUUAGUCCCUAUUGCAUACUUUGGAGUUAUAACCUUUUGUACUUAUUUAUUUUUCAUUAAUACUUAUCCUGGUUUAUCAUCAUCAUCAUCAUCAUCACCAUUACUAUGGUUAGAUAUUUAUAUUUAUUCAAGUAUACUAUUAAUUUAUAUAUCAACAUUAUUAUCAAUUUUUAUUACUCCAGGACAAAUUAAUCCUACUACUUAUAAGUUAUUUAAGAAUAAUCAAUUAAUAUUCUUUGAUAAUAAAGUAUGUUCAACUUGUAUGAUUAUUAAACCUGCUAGAUCUAAACAUUGCAGUAUUUGUAAUAAAUGUUAUCCAUUAUUUGAUCAUCAUUGUAUUUGGAUAAAUAAUUGUGUGGGAUAUAAGAAUUAUAAAUGGUUUUUAUUAUAUCUUAUUUCUAAUAUUAAUUAUUUAAUAACUGGAGCUAUUCUAACAUAUUAUGUUAUAUCUAAUGAAUCUAAUAAUUGGAAUAAAUCUUAUUGGCAAGUAAUUAAAAAUACAACUGAAGCUAAUAGAAUUACUGGCAUGUUCUUAAUAUUAUGUAUUAUAUUUUCAUUCAUUACAAUUAGUUUCACAGCAUUACAUAUAAGAUAUAUCUAUUUGGGUGUAACUACUAAUGAAUUAGAUAAAUGGUCUGAUAUCGAACAUCUUGUAAGAAUUGGUGUAUUAUAUAAAUCAUCAAUUGCCUUAAGGGGUACUCAAAUAUAUGUUGAGAAAGCCAUGAAUCAUGAAACUGGUAAAUAUGUUUAUUUAAGUUUACUUGAUGAAUCAAUUCUAAUAGAUAGUGAAGAGAAUGAACGUAUAAGUAACUUAGUUCCCAUUGUUUCUGUUGAAAAGGAUUUAAUUAAUAUUUAUGAUAAUGGCUUUUGGAAUAAUUUACGUGAACGAUUAGCUUUACACCUCUGGUAGAUUUAGACGUUUAUAUACAAUAGAUGGGAUUUUAAUAGUAGUAACUUGUCUAGUCAAACCAUUAUCAAUUGUUGGACUCGUUCUCUUACCACUACCACUUUUAUGAACAAACUUUGUAGAAAAUUCCUUAUCAAUGUUUUGAUUAAUAACUAUUAACUGAGUUAGUAAUUUUGCAAACUGAUCCUUUAACUGGGGAUCAAAAU